AUGCAGUGCACCUGCACAGAAACGAACACGGAGGAUGGCAGACCGCGGUCUACUGGAAGCCAAAAGUGCAACUGCGCGCAGGACCACGGGUGCCAGGAUAUGACGAGUAGCCAAGUAGCCGAGAAGACGGGCAUCUUCGGCCAUGAAGCGGCCUUCGGCUUGGCAUUGGCCCACACACUGGCUCAGGGUGAGGAUGCCAUGCCACAUCUGCCCGAUGGCAAGGCCAGUGGACCUUCCUUCAUCCCCACUGAUCAUGACUUUGUUUUCAAGACGCGGCGAAAGGCGGAGCCACGUACGCACAGGAUACUGAGCAUCCGCUUGAAUUUCUUGCCAUUUCGCUGGCAGAGCAGCUAA